AUGGAUAUUGGUCCAAAUCGUGAUUUGGUCGGUGAUUUGGCUACAUCUAUUCGUAAAAGAACUAAAUUAAGAUUUGGUGUCUAUCAUUCCUUAUUUGAAUGGUUUAAUCCAUUAUAUUUAUACGAUAAAGAAAAUAACUUUACAACACAAACAUUUGUUGAACAAAAAACAAUGCCAGAAUUAUAUGAUUUAGUAUUACGUUAUAAACCAGAAGUGAUUUGGUCUGAUGGUGAUGCUGGUCCAGAUACUUAUUGGAAUUCAACACAGUUUCUUGCUUGGUUGUAUAAUGAAUCACCUGUAAAAGAUACAGUUGUUACAAAUGAUCGUUGGGGUAAUGGUUGCUCAUGUAAACAUGGAGGUUACUAUUCAUGUGAUGAUCGUUAUCAUCCUGGUAAAUUAGUGAGACAUAAAUGGGAAAAUUGUAUGACAUUAGAUUGUUGUUCAUGGGGGUUUAGAAGAGAAAUAACUUUAGAUAAAAUAUUAACACCAGAACAACUUAUUUCUGAAGUUAUUGAGACUGUUACUUUUGGUGGAAAUAUUCUCAUUAAUGUUGGUCCAACUUCAUGGGGAACAAUUUUACCUAUUUAUGAAGAACGUUUAUUACAAUUAGGCGAAUGGUUGUCUAUAAAUGGUGAAGGUAUUUACGCCACUCAACCAUGGAGAAUUCAAAAAGAACCAAAUUAUGAUUUCGUUUGGUAUACUUAUAAACCUGCAUUGAUUGAUAAGAAUAUAAAUGAAUAUAUGAAAAUGCCAUCUCUAUAUUUAUUGAAUAGAAUAUCUUCUAUGAAACAAAAUCCAUCUAUAUUAUAUGCACAUUUAACAAAAUGGCCAAAUAAAUAUUGUCACAAUUUAACAGAAACAAUAAAUGAUCAAUCAAUACAAACAAGAACAUAUUGUAAAAGAGAAUUACAUUUGACAUCAGUUAAUGCUCAUCCAAAUUUAUCUAAUUUUACUUUAUUAGAUGGAAGUUUAACUGGUAUUCAAUUAUCUUAUCGAAUCAUGAAUAAAACUACAAUGAAUGGUGUAAUUAUUAAUUUACCUGAUUUAAUUAUGAAUAAUGAUAAUAGAAAUAUAUUGAAAUAUGCAUGGACAAUACGUAUGAUAAAUGUGUUUUAA